CUGUAAUGUCCACACCCACUGGCUUCCUCUUGGAACCACCCUUAUAUUCUCAGCCCAGCCUUCCUACAGUGUGGUUACUCGUGGUCCUGGAGAUGUUUCUUGAGGUUCUGCUGCUGCUACUCUCCAGGGUGAGGCAAGUGCCCUAGUCCCAGUGACCAUGAGCAAUGGCUCAUCCCUGACCAUCAUUGAGGGUCAGUUCCUGAACCUGGUCUGCGUGGCUGACAGCAACCCCUCGCCCCCUGCAUCUCUGAGCUGGUUACAGAAGAGAAAGGGCCUGAGUUCCUCUCAGGUCUCAGCAUCUGGGGUCCUGGAGCUGUCCCCUGUAGGGUCUGAGGAUGGAGGUGAAUUUACCUGCCAAGUUCAUCACCCUCUGGGCUCCCAGUGCUUUUCUUUACACCUAUUUGUGCAGAAAUGCCCAUCUUUCUACCUGUGUGCAUCUGAGAAGCAGGAGGGCUUCUGUCUCGUGAUCCUCCCUCUUGUCACUGUGCUUGCCAUGGGAGGCAGCAUCGUCCUCACCUAUGUCCUCACAUGGGCAUACUACACCAGCCAUGGACAUGAAGAUCCUCUGGACAGAUGUGGGGAUGUUCCUGUUUUCCCUGGAAAUUGUCAAAUCACAUCAACAGUGACCUCAAGAACCGGUCCCUGUGUUCCACAUCCAGUCCUCAGGCAAGUGCCAGAUUUUGGGGACUUCUCCAAUUGCUACCCCAAAGUUACCUGCUGAAGCUUUUGUAAAUGGGGAGGCGAUGAGUGGUUGAGGGCGGGGAAGGGGAAAAAUCAAGUUCUCUCACAAGCAGGUACAAAUUUUCUCCAAUGAAUGUGACCCAUUAUGUAUAUCUAAAAUGUACCAAUAAAAUCUGAUUUUAAAAAAGCA